UUCAGGGUCCAAUACCACACCUACUGUGAAGAACAGUAGUGGCACGAUGUCCGCAUGACAGUCACAGGGAGAAGGCAUGCACAAAAAGCUCUAAUUCAAAUAACUACUGCAAAGCUCUCGACUGUGGACCAACACCGAAGUUUGUCUGAGGCUGUCAACUGCUCAAUGUCCAACAUGCAACGGGGUAACACCUCAGCUUACCGCCCUUUAAGAGACGAGGACGAGGAAGCGGCAACUGCUCAAUUCUUCAGGGUUAUUUUAACUGAUUCUCCGCGCUCUCAUCAGAAACAUUAUCAGAGAAACAGCUACCAGAACCCUCCGUCCACGACCACACCUGGCUCCAAACAGCAGACAGGCAAAUGUCAUGGAAGAGGUUCUAUGUUCACUUGGCGGGAAAAACUAACGAGGCUCAUCACGGCUGGGUUAAAAAUUUCGGAUCCAUCGGGCAAACCCAAGUGAGCUCUCCGCGACAAAUGGGCGAAUACAUGCUGGUUUU